AUGAGCGCGGCGGGCCCCGGGCCCGGCCCCGAGCCCGGCCCGCACGAUGGGGACCCCGGGCCCGGCCCCGGCACGGCCCGGCCCGGCAGCCCGCAGGAGGAGUUCGACUUCUCCGUCCUCUUCGACUACGACUACCUGAAGCCGAUCGAAGAAGAACCGACUCCACAUAAAACCACCAGCCCACCCUCUGGAGUUACAUACGCUCAUGAUGUCUUGGACUGUGGCCUCAAGCCAUGCCCCCUGCCUUUUCCUAGCCUUUCUGCAGACCCCAUGGGCAGAUAUGGACAGCCAGAUAGCAUAGGGCCAACACCUACACACCCUGCCAACGCUGCAGGGGCCUCUGCUCCGAGCCCUAGGAUUGAAAUAACUCCAUAUCACGAACUGAUUCACUCAGGGGGUCCCUUCCGCAGCAGAGACACAGAUGUUCUGUUGGUAGAACAGUCCAACUCAGCCACCACUAGCCCGAGGGUUACCCUGCCCGUCCCUGGCUUUGAGGGCUACAGAGAACCACUGUGUCUGAGCCCAGCUAGUAGCGGCUCCUCUGCAAGUUUCAUUUCAGAGACAAAUGUAUCUCCUUGCACCUCACCAUGUGUUUCACCAAAUAAUGGUCCUAGUGAUGACCUUUGUCCACAGUUUCAAAACAUCCAUACUCAUUAUUCUCCUAGAACCUCUCCAAUAAUGUCACCACGAACAAGCAUCACGGAGGAAGCCUGCUUGGGACGCCACUCACCAUCACCCUGUCCCAACUCAAGGUCUUCGUCGCCAGGUGCAAAAAGGAGGUACUCGAGCACGGGGCUCUACAGCAGCCAGCUGCCCCCCAGCUCUCCUGGGCGCUCCCGCAGCCCCUCUCCACAGCCCUCUCCCCGCGUGGCCCCGAGGGAAGACGGCUCUGCGGGCGCUUUCACGCCGCUGCCCAGCGCCGCCCUGCCCAUGGAUGCCAUGAGCAGCCUCCCCGCCGACCCCUCCUGCGGCGUGCCCACGAAAAUCUGGAAAACCAGCCCCGACCCCUCGUCCAUGCCUUCCCACAAAAACAGCAUCCCGUGCCACGUCUUUCAGACUGUUGACUUCCACGGGCCUUGCGAGCAGGAGGACAGGAGAAACUCGGCCCCAGAAUCCAUUCUGUUGGUUCCUCCGUCCUGGACGAAGCAGCUGGUGCCUGCAAUACCAAUCUGCAGCUUGCCUGUGCAGUCUCUGCCCCCCCUGGAGUGGCCCCUGGCCAGCCAGUCUGGCUCGUACGAGCUGCGCAUCGAGGUGCAGCCCAAGCCCCACCACCGCGCGCACUACGAGACCGAGGGCAGCCGCGGCGCCGUCAAGGCUCCCACCGGGGGACACCCCGUGGUCCAGCUGCAUGGGUACAUGGAGAACAAGCCCCUGGGCCUGCAGAUCUUCAUUGGCACAGCAGAUGAGAGGAUCCUGAAGCCCCACGCCUUCUACCAGGUCCAUCGCAUCACGGGCAAGACCGUCACCACCACCAGCUACGAGAAGAUCAUCGGCAACACCAAAGUGCUGGAGAUCCCCCUGGAGCCCAAAAACAACAUGAAGGCAACCAUCGACUGCGCGGGGAUCCUGAAGCUGCGCAACGCGGACAUCGAGCUGCGCAAGGGCGAGACCGACAUCGGCCGCAAGAACACGCGGGUGCGCCUGGUGUUCCGCGUGCACAUCCCCGAGCCCAGCGGCAGGGUCGUGUCCCUGCAGGCAGCCUCCAACCCCAUCGAGUGCUCCCAAAGGUCUGCUCAUGAGCUUCCAAUGGUUGAAAGACAAGACAUUGACAGUUGCCUGGUUUAUGGGGGACAGCAGAUGAUCCUCACUGGACAGAACUUCACAGCAGAGUCCAAGGUGGUGUUCACAGAGAAAACAUCAGAUGGGCAGCAGAUCUGGGAAAUGGAGGCCACAGUGGACAAAGACAAGAGCCAGCCUAGCAUGCUUUUUGUGGAAAUACCUGAGUACAGGAACAAGCACAUCCGCACAGCCGUCAAGGUGAACUUCUACGUCAUCAAUGGCAAGAGAAAAAGGAGCCAACCCCAGCAUUUCACCUAUCACCCAGUACCAUCAAUCAAAACAGAGCCCAUUGAUGACUAUGAUCCAGCCCUAAUCUGCAAUCCAGUGCACAGUGCUCUGGGGACAGUAACACAGCCUUACUAUCCACAGCACCCAAUGGCCACCGAGUCCCCCUCCUGCCUGGUGCCCACCAUGGCCCCUUGCCAGCAGCUGCGCUCGGGGCUCUCCUCUCCCGACUCGCGGUACCACCAGCAGAACCCCGCUGUGAUUUACCAACGGAGCAAGAGCCUGAGCCCCAGCCAGCUGGGCUACCAGCAGCCAGGCCUGAUGGCCACCCCAGUUGCCAUUGCAGAUGCCCACAGGUCGGUGCUGGUGCACGCCGGCUCUCCAGCGCAGAGCCCGGCCGGGCUGCACCCCUCCCCGGGCCAGCAGCAGCCUUCUCCCGUCAUCCACUACUCUCCAAACAACCAGCAGCUGAGGUGUGGCAGCCACCAGGAGUUCCAGCACAUCAUGUGCUGUGAGAAUUUCCCCUCCGGCGCGUCGAGGUCCGGCCAGCCCCAGCCCAGCCAGGCGCAGAGGCUCAGCCCCAGCUCCUACCCCACGGUCAUCCAGCAGCAGCGGGCGGCCAAGGGCGGGCCAGGGAACGAGCAGAAGGACGUGCUGCCCGCAGGAGUCACCAUCAAGCAGGAGCAGAACCUGGACCAGGCCUACCUGGAUGAUGAGCUGAUAGAUACACACCUUAGCUGGAUACAAAACAUUAUAUGAAAAAGAAUGACUGUGAUCUUUGAUCCAAGCAAUCAAAAAGAA